CCCUCACUUAAGUGAGGGCCACAUCAGCAGAGCAAUACAUAUAUAACUAAACAUAAAAGGACUGUACUACCCUUGUACAGCCGACUCUAACACUUUGCAACAAUACUAUGUGGUAGAAGGUGUUGAGAUCCGAAGAAAGAAGAAUGGGAAGUGCAGGUUUACUGGUGUUUGUUCUAACAAUGAAUGUAACUGGAGGAUACAUGCAUCCCUCAGUCAUGAUGGGGGUAGCUUCAUUGUGAAGACUCUCUAUGACACACACAUACUUAUUUGAGGGUGACAACAAAAAGGGAGGCAACUAGUACCUGGCUGUCCACCAAGAUUGAGGGGUUUUUAAGGGCUGAUACUAGCAUGUCAGUCCAUGUCCUUAGAUCUGAGAUCAGACGGCUCUAUGGAAUAGAAGCUUCGUGGAGGAAAAUACAUAGAGCUCAACUAAAAGCCAUUGAUAGGACUAGGGGAUCUUUGGUUGAAUCAUAUGCAAGGCUGUCCCAAUAUUGCACAACUUUAUUGAUAAGCAACCCCAGAUCUGUUGUUAAGCUACAUGCUCCAUUGCCCAUAACAGAUGGCACACUUGGCAUCUUUAAGAGAGUUUUCAUAUGCCUUGUAGGACCAAAGAAUGGUUUCUUGGAGGGUUGUAGGAAAAAUGUUGGAUUAGAUGUUUGCCAUACUAGGACUAGUGCAAUAGGAGGAGUAAUACUCUGUUGUAGGCCUUGGUGGGAAUAAUGGCAUAUUCCCUAUUGCUUAUUCUGUUGUAGAGGCCGAGAACAAGGAAAGCUGGUUGUGGUUCUUGAAUGAGUUGAAAGAUGCUUUGGGUAUUGGUGACCCACACAGAUGGACUUUUAUGUUAGAUAGAAAGUUGAUGGUGUUUCGGUUUGCAUGCCUAGUACAAACCAUCGCUUCUGCUUGCGACACUUGUACAACAUCUUCAAGAAAACAUUUAAGGGAAAGGCAUUGAAGGGUGCUGUUUGGGCUUCUGGGAAAUCUUACACAUGGUUUGAUUUUAACCACUAUAUGGCAGUUGUUAAGAGAUGCUCCAAAGAUGUGUAUGACUGGCUUUGUAGAGUCUCCCCUGACACAUGGUCCAUACAUGGGUUUGAGGUUUGACCCCAUAGUUAAGUCGGAUGACAUAACAAACAAUUGGACCGAGUCAUUUAACUCAUGGAUUGGGGAGGCUAGAACAAUGGCAGUUGUUGAAAUGUUGAAGGAUAUAAGAAAAAGGUGGAUGUAUCAGAUCUUUGAGAGAUAUGAGAUUGCUGAAGCACACGAGGCUGAGCUAAUGCCAAAUGUGCAGUCAAUCAUUGAUAGAAGGAGGAGGGAAGCUAGGUCAAUUAGGGUUUUUCAAUCCGGGCAAUAUGAGUACCAAACAUCAGGGGCCGAUUUGGUGGAGAAUGUCAUAAAGAUGGAUGCCAAAACAUGCACUUGUAGAGUUUGGGACAUUUGUGGCAUCCCCUAUGCUCAUGCACUUGCAGUGCUGACUUAUAAAAAGGGCAGAGUGGAGGAAUUGUGUGACAAAGCUUUUCACAAGGCCACAAAUGUGAGGGUAUAUAGCCACUUUGUGCAUGCUCUACCUGGACAGAAAUAUUGGGCAUAUGUUGAUCACCAUUCGGUUAGAUCUCCAAUCAGCAGAAGAAGAGAAGAAGAUGAAGUAGGACGAUCCUAUCGUGUCCCACUAAAGCAUAAGACUGUUAGGUGUUCAAUCUGUAAUGGAUAUGGGCACAAUAUGAGGAACUGUCGUGCUGCUCCCCCCAGUACCAGCAAUACAACUGCAGAGGUACCUCAUGAAUAGGGUGGUUAGUGAAUGUGUUUCCUCCAGAAACUUGAAACUUCCCUGAUCUUGUUGGGCCAAAUGGAUCAGGCAAAUUGGGAACAGGAGCCAGUGGAAACUUCCCUCAUUUGUGUAGAUGUUGGCAGUUUUUCUCAUUGACUGUUGUGUUGUCUUUGAACAUUCUUAAGAGGUUCUGAAGCCAUCCACUGAUGAAGAUGGAUGGGGUUGGAUCCCCAUUUCUGGUUCAGCUGGAGGGCAGCCCUGAUGAGUGGAUGUUGUAUUACAGAGGUGUUUGGAAAGAGGACAGGAUUUCAUGUCUAAGCCAUAUCAGCUGAAGAUUAUGUUUUUCUCUCGUCUAUAUAAAACUUGAAACAGAAACUGAUUCUUUGUUAAUUUUCGUUUAACCAAUUAGUUACUAUGUUUACACAAUUGGUCGUCUUGUUUAUGAAGUGGCUAUUUGUAAUUGCACUUUUUUUAGCUGCCUGUAACUUGUACACUGAAUCAAAAGCUGAUGUGCAUCUUGUUGAUCUACAUUGGCCAUUGAGGUAGGUGGUCUGUCUUGUUUUAACUGUGUUGUUCUGUUUGUCUGAUUAGGUAGUAAUUCAUGGUUGUUAAUGGUAGCAAUUCAAUAACACCCUGACUACAUAAGCAUAUAAUCAUUUUUGCACUUACUACUAUUGAAGCUGGUGUCACAUGGAAUGGAACAUAGAUACCUUGUAUAUAAUAAUAUAAAUGAUCAAAAUAUCCAAUUUUUACACUUAUUACAACAAAUACUGUACACAUGGAAUGGAACAUAGAUACCUUGUAUACAAUAAUAUAAAUGAUCAAAAUAUCCAAUUUUUGCACUUAUUACAACAAAUACUGGUGCAUAUCUAAAAUUUGGUGACAGGGGUAAGGGGACUAGCAUGUUGCCCACUCAAAAUUUGAGGGAAAACAAAAACUAUCAUUACAAGUUUAUUAAUCAUAUAUGGUUGGAGUAAAAGAACUAGUUUAGGUUGACACAGUAACAAGUUUCCUGUUGGAUGAAUUUCACUUUGAAGUAGAUGUGGUUGAGACUGGUGAGAACUAAUGGAUCUUUGUGACAAUGGCAAAACAAGAGUUGUGGUCAGAGCAGAUCUUAUUUUGAUAAAAGGGGGUACAACCCUAGUUAAAAUGGCCAUUACCCAAUGUUGGUCCCAGCCAUUACCAAAGUACUAAUGUUUAAA